CGCAAUGGCGUCUUCUCUCUUCAUCUUCUUCCUCUCUUUCCUCACACACUUUCUUCCCUUCUCUGUUCUCUCAGCCACAGUACUCGAAGAUCUCGCCACUCUCACUCCACCUCCCGACUUCGCCACCACCAUCACCACAAACUGCCUCCACAAUCCUCUCCUCCGUUACUGCAACAACAACAACACUUCAUCUCCUCAGGACAUCGUCGAGAUCUUCCGCUCCACGAUCGUCGCGAGCCACCUCUGCAACGAGUCCAAAAACCCUAACUGCGUCGACGACGACUCCUUCCCCAAGAUCAGAAUCCACAGCCGCCCUAAAACCGCCGCGCUCUACCUCUCUUUCGACUUCUUCUGGAAGUACUGUCCUCUCACCGUCCUCGAGAUCCAGCUCGUUAACAACUCUCUCGAGACUGAGUUCCCCACGAACGUUCUCUCCUGUGCUCAGGUUCGGACCAUCGACCUGAGUUACAACAAGUUAUCCGGUUCUCUUCCGGUUCAUAGUCUCUCCCGGUUAACGAACUUGACCCGUUUAAAUCUCUCUUAUAACCGAUUCUCGAUCUCGGAUUCAGAGUUCUUGAAACGGUUUAGCGCAACCAGUUUCGUACAUUCCGGUUUGCUUCCAGAUGCGAACCGUUACAAGAUGAAAGUCUUGUUGAUUGUGUUUUCGAUAGUGGUGGUGAUCCUUCUCUGUUGUUGCUUGGGAUGGUUAUGUCUCAAAAGACCUGAUUACUUGCCAAGAACGUGUCGGAGAAGCAACAACAAGUUCACAUCCGCGAUGAUCGAUGCAGCGACCGAUGAGUUUUCGGAUCAGAGGCUCGUGAGCAAGAGGGAUGGAGUGGAUAUCUACAGAGGAACGUUGAGAGACGGGAGAGAGGCGAAGAUCGAGGUGUAUACAGAGAAGGUUUCGAAGGAGAAGAGGCGCGAGUUCGAGGAGGAAUGCGAGGCGGUUUUUUUGAAGGUGAGACAUAAGAACUUGGUGAGGGUUUUGGGUUGGUGUAGUAGCAGAAACUUGAAGGCUUUGGUUACUGAGUGGACCGAUGGAGAAAACGUUGAGACUUGGCUAAGUUCUUCGUCGUUGGCUUCGUCGUGGAGAAGGAGGUUAAGAGUUGUUAUGGGAGUUGUGGAAGGUGUGUCUUAUCUAUCGGAACAAUGGCCUGAGAUUAUUUAUGAUCUAGACACAAGCAGUGUUUUGUUGUCUGGUGAUGGUCAAGAACCAUUGAUUUCUCAAUUCAAGAUUGGAGAUGGAAACAACUCAUCAACAAAUAUAUUCAAGUUUGGAUUGUUUCUUUUGGAGAUGAUUACAAAUCUGAAACCUGAUGAGGAGCAAGAAGAUUCAGAAAUGAGGUAUCUCGAGUAUAUAAGAGUUCAUUGUCCGGGUAAUGUAGAGAGAGUGAUUGAUGAGAAGAUGAAGAUUGAAAAGAGAACGUUGGAGAAAGUUAAGGAAGCGGUUACACUUGGACUUAUGUGUACUGAUAAACCACCGUUGAAGCAACCAAGCUUCACGCAGAUUUAUGACAUGGUGGUUUCUUUGCAUGAGUCUAGCUCAAGGCAUCAUUAA